AGCGGAGGAGACGGACGGCAACACUGACUCGGUUCAGCCUUUAUGGAUUAAUAACUUAGAGACACUUAAGCCGUUCUGCUUUCCUUUAGUUUCCAGCAGCGGAUGAGCAAGAGAGACCUUGGGACAGCUGGAGAGAGAGAGAGAAAAGAGAGAGGAGAUCCAUCGUAACUCUAGAAGAGCUCAGUGGAUCAGUGGAGUGGAGGAGUGCACAGAGAACAGCAGCAGGAACAGCAGGACUAACAGAAAACUGCACUGAGGAACAUGAUGGACAAUUAUUAUUCAUCCUGAGAACCUGAACAACAGCCGAUCAGAAUGGGGAACACAGACAGUCAGUACAGCAGCUUCAUCAUCCCCAGCAGGUCUCGUCCGUGCUCUCUGAAGAUAAACCCCUCCAAAGAGGAGGCUUUGUCCCCCCACAGCUGGUGGAGGAGCGCAGGAGGAGGAGCGUCGGCCUAUAAGACCCGCAGCUCAUCCAGAAAUGGACAAAACCAACACAAAAACGGCCAGCCGUAUGCCACCCGCCACUGCGAAUACAUCAAAAGCAACAAUAACAACAAGCAGCAGCACAGCUCCAUUCAAAACAACAGCAAAUUGGACUAUGAGUGUCUCCUGACCCAGCAGAACGGCUGCUAUGUCCCGGGCAGUAGCCCUCGAUCUGCUGCCAGAAGCUCUGGCUCUGAAGCUUCUCACAGUAGGAACAGUCCCAAGGUGCUUUUCAGUCAGGAUGGAAGUUUGCGGGUGGAGUUUACCAACAGCAGGCCAGAGCUGGACGAUGUCCCUAAAGACUCCACGCUGAGGGACAGUAAAGGCAGCUCCCUCAGCUCUGAGGCGUCUUGGUACGAUUCUCCAUGGGGCACUGGCACGGAUCUGUGUGAUAACGUCUUCACCAGUGGUCAACCUUCAGAUAACAGCAGUGGCUACACAACUCUGUCCUCCACACGUACUGACGACUUCAGCUCCUGCCCCACAGCCACCCUGGACGGACAUGUGAGUGACCUCCUUCACCAGCCCUUUCGCCAAGCCAGGAUGAACAGCAACCAGUACAGCAGCAAUGGCUUCAGCAGCAAUGGCUUCAGCAGCAACGUUUAUGUGCCCAGUUAUUCUGGACGCGCUGAGGAGGACAGCGGCAUUGGAGACUCUGUCCUGCUCUCUAUAGAGCAGAAAGACUUUGGGCUGACCUCUUUCAGUGACCUCUACACUAGCCCAAACCUGACCGGACCUUUUCCCACAACUGGAAUACUGCCUACAGGUCAGGUCCAGGACACUCCUGACCUCCAAGAAACCCAGGCUUUUUCCUCUCUCACAUUACCCUGCAGAAAACCGGUUGCCGACAGCAACAGUAGGAAGGACUCGCUCAAGAGCCGAAUCCGCCGUCUCAGCGACUGGACGGGCAGUCUAAGCAGGAAGAAACGGAGGCUGCAGGAACCCAGCGCUCUGGAGGCCUCAGAGCCGUUCAGCAGUGGAGUGGAUGGUCUGCUGGGAGACUCCAGUCUUCAGCUGGGCUGCGGGCCAUACUGGAGCAGUCUCGUGUCCAGCCAGACGCAGUCGGCCUGCUCUCUAACUGACCCCACUGUUGCUACAUAA